AUGACGUCCACUCCUACUAGCACUUCUCCCAUCGUGGCCGUCGUUGGCGUCGGCUAUGUUGGUGAGCACCUAGUCCAAGGCUUCUCGAAGCACUAUCCCGUCAUCGCCUUCGAUGUGGACCCGGUUCGCCUCGAGCAAGUCGCGAAGAAUAAGACUAAAUAUCAACUCAUGACCACACGGCUUGGGUCCGACCUUGCCCUGGCCACACAUAUCUUGAUCUCAGUUCCGACUGGAGUCUACAGCGAUGGCACAAUCGACACCCGUAUCCUACGCUCUGCUGUGGACAACGUGCUUUGCAAUGCUCAAUAUGGUGCUACGAUCGUCAUUGAAAGCUCGGUGGCCGUUGGCAUGACUAGGUCUUUGUUUGGUGACCGCCACCACGAAAAGGAUCUGAAAGUUGGCAUGUCGCCUGAGCGUGUUGACCCAGGGCGAACUAAUGUCGAGUACGAUUCUAUUCCCAAAGUUGUCUCUGGCAUCGACGAUCGCUCGCUCACUAGCGUCUGUUCGCUAUAUUCAAGAGUCUUCCAGCGAUUGGAGCCUGUCUCAAGCCUGGAGGUGGCUGAGCUCACCAAACUAUAUGAGAACUGCCAGCGCAUGGUGUCCAUCGCAUACGCCAACGAGAUGGCCGAUGCCUGCCACAGUUUUGGCAUUGACCCCCUAGAGGUCUGCAAAGCUGCUGGCACCAAGCCGUUUGGCUACCAGCCUUAUACUCCCGGUAUCGGGGUGGGCGGACACUGCAUCCCUGUCAACCCAUACUACCUACUCUCUAACAGUUCCUGGCCCUUCCUCGAGAUGGCCACCGAGAAGAUGCGCGCACGACCAGCAAAUCUUGGUGACAGAAUCAUGGCCGAGUUAUCAGCAACUAGCCAAGGAACUUCUUCCCGGCCCCGGAUUCUCGUCGUCGGUGUCUCUUUCAAGAAGGGUCAAUCGGUGCUGAGCAAUGCUCCAGGUAUCGAUCUCAUUCGCCACCUGCUCGGCACAUAUGAUGUCUAUGUUGAGUUUGUUGAUCCACUUGUCAAUGCCGAGAGCCUCGAGUAUGUUCCAAAGCUCGACCAUACUACCGAGUGGACCUCAGCGUACGUCGAUUCUCACUUCGACUGCGCCGUCAUCUGCAUGGCCCAGGAGCACGUAGAUCUCAGCAUCCUGCAAGAGCUGCAACACACCCGUGUCUUCAACUUUACCAGCGCCCUACCCUGGUCCAGCCUCAGCCCUGUCCAGGCAGCACCAUUGUCUGUACCCGAGCUGGAAGAGCCGUCUACCCCAGAAGAGAUUGAGAUCUUGACACCAGCGCUAGGUCUAGAGGAUCACAAUCCUCUGGUGACUGUACCGGAACAACCCACUGUUGGCCAAGACUUGAUCAACAAGGUCCUCGACAGUCUUACCAUCGCCAAAGAACCUGUUGUCGAUAUUUCGGCAAGGGAGAUAGGUCUGCUGCCAGUGUGA